CUUUUUCGACAAUUUUCCCGUGUCUCAUUUUGGAAACAUCUCGAUAUGUUUUCUGCGUCUGUACAUGCAUCAGGAGCUGAUUGAUAUGCAAAGUGAAAGUUCCAAUUCUUCAUGUGGGGCAAGACUAAAAAUUUUUAUGCCUUGUGUCCGCACUUUCCCUUCUUGACGCAACUUCUUCUCUUGUGUACACUCAAUUUACGACCAUCACCACCAUCCCCGAAAGCAUAAUUCCCUCCCUUCCUUCAACAGCGAGCCAAGAGAAAGAGAGAUCAACCUGGUAAAAUCCCUGAUCAGCCCUGGUCUUUCCACGACCGGCUAACGAGGAAAUUCUCAUCUCAAAGCAACUGCUAUAAGUAGCCAUUUCCAGGGUUCUUUUCCGCAUUGCUAGAAGCCAAAUUUCUCUACCAUGAGGUACGAAGAGAUCAAACUCUCCAUUCACCGACACUACCUGAAGCCCGAGGACAGCAAGGUCCUGUUCAGAUGCGACGGGUGCAAGCAGGACGGCAUCGGGUUAUCCUACCGCUGCGACAAGUGCAACUUCGACCUGCACUUCCACUGCGCCAAAACACCCAAUACGAUAUCUCACCCCUCCUACGGCAAGCGCUCCUUCAAGUUCAUGUCGGAGCCCCCGAAGGGGAGGCCCCCCUGUUGCGAUGCAUGCGGGAAUGACGUGACUGGCUUCUUCUACUGCUGCGAGGCCAAAGGGGUCAAGGUCAACCUCCACCCGUGCUGUGCAAAGCUGCCAAAGGAGCUGGACCACGGCAAGAUGAAGUUCUCCUUGUGGUUGCAGGUGACUACGUCUUGCCAUAAGUGUGAGAAGGAAAGGAAGAGCUGGGUCUAUAGGUCCGAGUGCGACAAGAAGUACACUUUGCAUGUUGCUUGUGCGAGGGAGAUGCUGAUGGAGUGGUGGCGGAAUGGCGACGGUGGUACUAGCACAGGGCUUCCGACUGGAGUCCCCUGCUUGAAGGACAGGCUCCAGGUACCACAUAAAAUGAGCAAGAGCAAGAAGAAGUGGUGGAAGAUGCUUCUUUUGGCUCUUCGAUUCAUGAUAUCUGCGUGGGCAGGUGACCCGACGACCCUUAUUGCUGGCGUUUUGAGCUCGAUUAUGUCUUGA